AUGGCGGCUGCAAGUAUGAUGCUUCCUGUUAGCUUUUGCAUUCUCUUGUUCUGCUUCUUCUCUUCCUGUUGUCUCCUUGUCAAUGCCGCCGGUUCCCAGUUCUUCAAUCUCACUCUGAAGCACCAGCACCCCUACCCUGAUUCCAUCGCUCAAGAUGUGCAAAGGCAGGUCAAUGAGUCGCUAUCCAGAAGGAGGCUACUUCUGUCCACACAAGAAAAGGACCUUUGUCAAACGGGCAACCCGAUCGACGACUGCUGGCGGUGCGACCCGAACUGGGGCCAAAACCGGGAGCGCCUGGCCGACUGCGGAAUCGGGUUCGGCCGCGGAGCCCUCGGCGGCCGCGGCGGCCAGAUCUACGUCGUCACCGACUCCUCCGACCACGACCCGGCCAACCCGACCCCGGGAACGCUCCGGUACGGCGUGAUCCAGGACGUCCCCCUGUGGAUCGUCUUCGCCUCCAGCAUGGUCAUCAAGCUGAAGCACGAGCUCAUUUUCAACAGCUACAAGACCGUCGACGGCAGGGGAGCCAGCGUCCACAUCACCGGCAACGGCUGCCUGACGCUCCAGUACGUCAACCACGUCAUCAUACACAACAUUCGGAUCUACAACUGCAAGCCGUCGGGGAACACCAACGUGGCGUCGUCGCCCACCCACGUCGGAUUCAGGGGGCGGUCGGACGGCGACGGGAUUUCUCUGUUCGGAGCGCAGAACAUCUGGAUCGACCACUGCACGCUCUCGUCGUGCACCGACGGCCUGAUCGACGCCAUCAUGGGGUCCACGGGGAUCACGAUUUCAAACAAUUACUUCUCCCACCACAACGAGGUGAUGCUGAUGGGGCACGACGACAGGUACGUGCUGGAUACCGGGAUGCAGGUCACCAUUGCGUUCAACCGGUUCGGCGAGGCGCUGGUGCAGCGUAUGCCCCGGUGCAGGCGCGGGUACAUACACGUGGUCAACAAUGAUUUCACUUACUGGCAGAUGUAUGCAAUCGGCGGCAGCGCCAGCCCGACGAUCAACAGUCAGGGGAACCGUUAUAAUGCUCCCGCCGAUGCCGACGCCAAGGAGGUGACGAAGCGCGUGGAUACAGACGAGAAGGAUUGGACACAGUGGAACUGGAGGACGGACGGGGACAUAAUGGUAAAUGGCGCGUUCUUCGUGCCGUCGGGAGCAGGGAUGAGCGUCCAGUAUGAAAAGGCUUCCAGCUUGGAUCCAAAGUCCGCUGGGCUUGUUGACCAGCUCACCUUGAACGCCGGCGUGCUAAGUGGGCCCAGGAACACAGGGGAGAUGACGGUGAACCCAGGAUUCAACGGUGGCGGGCCCGGGACGACAACCUACACCGGGUCCCCCAGCGCCGGACGCACCAGCAGCAGCGGCGGGGACGGUGAUGGCGAUGUGUUUGGGAUGAUAUUUGGGAGCGGGGCGGCGCCACCCACUACUGCUGCUGUUUCCGCCUCUUCAUUGUUUUUGUCCCUUUCGAUUAUUUUAAUUCUGUACACUGCUACUACGACCAACUAUUGGGGGCCUUCAUUCUCCUCCCUCCCGUUAUUAUCUUCAUUGUUGUAG